UUAUAAAUUCUGAGAGGGCAUUAAUAAGGGGUAUUUUCUUCUAGUCAGAAUAGGCUAUGUCAGAAGAUGUUUGCUAGUUGGCUGGUUGCCUUUGCAUCCGGUAGUUCCAUGGGGCCUUCUUUCUGGAGAUCAAUCUGCAAUGGAUGACUGGAAUAGCAGUAAUGCAUUUAUCCAGAGGCUGGAUUUUUCCAGCUGUGGAGAAGACACUGAGCUGGAAGAGGACAAUAGCUUGCAAGAGGAAGAGCUGAGGAAUGUCACCCCUCAGAAAAACUGGGACUCUGGAGACUGGAGAAUAAACCACUCUGUGCCGGUUACUCCACAGAGGCAGCUAGAUGAUCUCUCUCUGACUUUCCCAAAGUCUUGGGCAAGUCCUGUGAGGGAAUGCAAGGAAUCCUUGAGGAAGAAAACUCUCCCUUUGGAGGAUUAUCCUGGAACUCCAUUACACUACAUCACAUGGCAAAAGCUGCAGCUCUGUGAUACCCCACAUACUCCCAAGAGCCUCUUAACCAAGACAGCUUUCCCUUCACCUGUGGGGAAGUUCACCUCCAAAGGGAUGAGAAACUUGCGGUUCACUUCUUAUGCCGACGCCGAGGAACCUUCCCCAGCUUCCUUAGUUAACAUUAAUCCAUUUACACCCGAGUCUUAUCGGCAGAUGGUUUUCCAUCCCAGUGGCAAGAGGAAAGCCACAGGGGAGCUGAAUGAUCCCAGCCAAAAAGGGAGCCAAGUGGAACAGGGGUUGCCAGCCAAGAGAUUCCUCUUACGUGACAGCAACAUGGUUUCCCGCUACAAGAAGGAGUUUUUGGAGCUGGAGAAAAUUGGUGUGGGGGAGUUUGGUUCUGUGUACAAGUGCAUCAAAAGGCUGGAUGGGUGCGUCUAUGCCAUCAAGCGCUCAAAGAGACCCCUUGCUGGAUCCUCAGAUGAGCAAAUGGCUUUGCGGGAAGUCUAUGCCCAUGCAGUGCUUGGCCAUCACCCCCAUGUUGUGCGCUACUACUCAGCUUGGGCAGAAGAUGAUCACAUGAUCAUUCAGAAUGAGCACUGCAAUGGUGGGAGCCUUCAAGAUGUGCUUUUGGAAAAUACAAAGACAUCGGAUUAUUUCAAAGAAUCUGAGCUGAAGGAGAUCUUGCUGCAAGUUUCCAUGGGGCUGAAAUAUAUUCACACUUCCGGCUUGGUUCACUUGGAUAUCAAACCCAGCAAUAUUUUUAUAUGUCAUAAGCUGGUUGGGCCUGCUGGUCCGGAGGAGAGUGACAGCGAAGACGAUGGGUUUGCCUCUUCUAAUGUGGUGUAUAAAAUUGGGGACCUUGGACAUGUGACAGCCAUAACUAAUCCCCAGGUGGAGGAGGGCGAUAGCCGCUUUUUGGCCAAUGAAGUCUUGCAAGAGCAAUAUUGCUACCUGCCAAAGGCAGACAUCUUUGCCCUUGCGCUCACCAUCUCUCUAGCAGCAGGUUGUGGACCAUUGCCUGCCAAUGGCACCAUGUGGCAUCACAUCCGCAAAGGCAACCUUCCACUCAUCCCUCCGCAGCUGUCGCGUGGCUUUACAGAACUGCUCAAGCUUAUGAUUCAUCCUGAUCCAGUUGCAAGGCCGUCAGCCACAGCGUUAACCAAACACUCUGUCCUCCGGCCUUCUCUUGGGAAAGCUGCCCAGCUUCAGGAGCAGCUGAAUGUGGAAAGGUUCAAAAUUGCCGUGCUAGAAAGGGAGCUGAGAGCAGCCCGUCUUGCACAGAGCAUCAAAAAGGAUAGGUUUUUGGAAUGUGUCAGGCCUAAAGAAUCUGGAGCCAAUUCAAAGCAUCAGAACAGCAAGAAACGCCUGGUGGGUGGAAAAAAUGCCCGCUCAUUUAGCUUUACUGCUGGUGGCUAUUGAGGACCAGGCUGUUCGGGCUUCUCAAAUCACUGAAACUAUAACCCCUUAGAAACAAGAGAGCCUGUUAAGAUUAAAGAACUGUUAUUUUUACCUAGUCCAUCAUCAUAGUGCUGAGUCUGACUACCUCUAACUGAUCAUUGUUGUCCGACCUCUUUUUAAACCAGCGUUUUCUUCCCUUUUGCCCCAAACCUAGUAGGUAUAUUUUUCUCCCCAGCAUUCUCAGAAGAGUGUACAACUCUGUUUCCUUUCUCUAGCUUUUAGGUUUGUUUUUUCUUAAGGCCUCUUGCACUGGUCACUUUAAAAAAUCUAGGUUGGAAAUAGCUAUUAGCUGUGUUUCAAAAAGGGAAUACUAUUCAGGCGGUAGAUGGUUUGUUCCCCUUCCAGUUGAUGAGGGAACUAUAUGAGGCUGUGCUAUUUAAGUCCCACCUAAAGAGCCAAGAAAGUAACCAAGACAAAAGUAUAUUUAAAGUUAACAGACCUGGGCAGGGCCCCUUUGAAAUUAACAGAUUAGCUCUAUUGGCGGUGGGUUGAACAAAAUGUAACCAGUAUUUGGAAACUGGUUGUUUUUCCAUGAGCAUUAGCAGGCAAGAUACAGGCUGGCUUACUUUUUUGUCUCCAGGAUAGAGCACCUGCUGUUCUUAAUGUGGGUGGCUGUCAUACUGACAGAUAAAGGAUCUGCCUAUUUGCAAGUCUCUGGGGUGGGUGAUGGUGGUUUUAAGCACACAGGAAAGGAAUGCUUUUUAGAACGCCUCAAUUUUCUGGGGAUUACAUCAUGUAGUGUUCAUAAAUAAAAUAAAGUAAACUUUAUGCCCCUCUCAAA